GCUUGAAAUUGACGUCAGAGCAGCUCGCCGUGCCACAUGUGUUGAACGAGUCGAUUUGUUUCUAUAAUUUCCCCCCCAAAACAUCUUGGAAUGGACAUACAUCUUUAUGGAUAAAGAUAAUAUUUUACAUGGAAAUAUACUGGUCACUCUUUCAAAUCUCUAAUAGCUGUCACAUCUAAUUAUGGCUCUUCCGGAGAAGAAUGAAGUUACAGCAAACCUAGAAACACAUCCCAUGGUCAAUGAAGAAGAGUUCAAUGACUCUAAACGAGAGGAAGAUGAGAAGCAGGAGGAGGAGAAUGCAGACGAUGCUGACAGUGAAGAUGAUGGUGAAGCUCUUGACCUUGAUAUAAAUGAAGAUGAGCCUGAGAAACCGAAGGGCAAGAACUGUAUCCCUGGUAUCGUGUAUUUGGGACACAUUCCUCCGAGGAUGAGACCAAAACACAUGCGGACUAUGCUGAGUGUGUACGGAGAGAUCGGGAGGAUCUUCCUACAACCUGAAGAUCGUUGUGUGAAAAGAAAGAAAAAGAAAGCAGGAAGCAAUUCAUCCAGUUUUACGGAGGGCUGGGUGGAGUUCAGAGACAAGCGCAUCGCUAAGAGAGUCGCGGCCAGUCUGCACAACACACCCAUGGCCAACAAGAAGAGGAGCCGCUUCAGCAGCGACCUGUGGUCCAUAAAGUACCUGAACAGGUUCCAGUGGUGCCAUCUCAGCGAACGAUUGGCUUACGAGCAGACGGUGUAUCAUCAGCGUAUGAGAACAGAAAUCUCCCAGGCGAAGAAGGAGACCAACUUCUACCUGGCUAGUGUGGAAAAGAGCCAGAAGCUGGAGAACCUAAGGAAGAAGAAGGAGAAGAAGGGAGAGGUCGUAGAGGAGAAGACGUGGGAUUACAAACAGCGGCCUACAGAAGAAGAGAUCCACCUCAAACGGUUUAAGAACAAAGGCUUGUCCAAGAAGAACCUCCAGAAGGCACAAGAGAAGAGCAAAACCAUCCAGGACAAAGCUCAAUCGAACGUUUCCCUCCUAGCCAAGAUCUUCAGUAGAGGAAGGGCUCAGGACUGAUGUGCCGAGAACGAGUUUACAUUCAAGUUUUGGUGAAUCGCCAAUUUUUCAAACACAUGUAUUUGUGUACAUGCUUUUCAACAUACAAUCUGCUUGAGUUUUUCAGCACAAAACACAUGUAGAUUGUUCUGAUUGACUGUUUCAUACAUUCAGAAUAAAAACACUGCAUAACUCAGACAAAAAUGCCCCAUCAUUGUAAAAACAGUGCUCUAUUUUCCCAUGAAAAGAGGCUUAACGUCUUCUGAAAGCAUAAUGCAUUGUUCAUUCAUUAAAGGGGUCAUAUGAU